AUUCUUUUUGUAAAAAGAGUGAAAUAUCAGCUGGUGGAUUUAGAAGUGAUCUCCUGGUAAUACGUAAGACACGAGUUGGAGCAGAAGAGAAGGAGGAGAAGGAUGCAAGAGGCGGAAGCGAACACGUAGAAAUCACGUUGCACCGGCUACGAGGAUCCGAUUGAUCGAGAUCGCGCGCAUCCGCAGGCUCCGAAUAGCGAUGCGGUUGCAUUCCACGGCAACGAUAGUUCCGCAUAAUCACUGACACUCUGCAAGAUGCGAAGCGAGGUAGGAGAAUGGCUGCCCACCUGUGUAGGUUCACCGAUAUGCAUCCUGCUGUUGUCCUGGUCGCUUCUGAUCUAUCAGAAUCAACCUUCCUCGGCGAAAAGGAGGAUCGACGUGUUCACGGUAGCCAUUCUCGCGGAAAGUCUCGUUCACCAGCUCGGACUGCUGUUCUACGCCAUUCUCACGCUGAUUCAACCGAUUAACCACUUCGGAGAAUUCUGCUCGGGCCUAGUCUGGAUACUCAACUCCUCCAGCAUCCUCCAGGAGCUAACCUUGACCUCGAUCUCCAUCUUCACAGCGAUCAGCACCAGAGAAGAGGGCCUGAAUCUCACCAAGAGUCAUCUCAAGUAUCAUUUGGUCAGUCUGAGCGUGAUCAGUGCCUGUGUCGGAGUCACCGGUGUACUAAACUUCGAACCAGAUCUCUGUGUUUUCCUGGCUCAAGAGAUAUCGCUGAAAUACGGGAUCUUCGUGAACGCUUUACGAUGUCUUCUGGUACUCACGUCCGUCAUCAGCCUGCUUAUGGCUGUGUUUCGAAGGGCGUGUCGCACACCUAAGGCGGAAUUGUUGAAGUCGGUGUCCGAUCUGUCGGAGACGAGCUCGAAGAAUUCUUCAGGUGCGUUCGAGUGUCAUCCUCAGCAUUGGGAUCCGUCGAGUGGAUCGUGCACAAGUGGAUCCACCAACAGCAGAGCUUGUUUGAGGAAGAAGAAGGUGCAGGUUGACGAGGCCAGCGGAAGGCCUACGAUCUACAGUAUACUCUUCGUCUGCUACUUCUUCCAGUAUCUACCGAUUCUGGUCAUGUCCAUCAAGCCAACUCUCCUCCGGGAUUUCUGCACGCCCCAAAAUCUAGCUACAUGGCUGCCACUGGUAAAGGAUACCCUGUUACCAGUGUUCCUGGCGUUGUUCGACAAAAUGUUCUGCCGUUACGUGGCUAAAGUGUACACGAAACAGGAUCACGCGAGGAGAUUGUCACACGGCGGCAUCGACGGCAAGUUUCGCCACUUCGAGCAGGACGCCGAGUACAAGCUGCAGUUGAACCUGAAUCACGGUCUGAAGUUCCCCUUGACUAACGGAAGCCUCUACGGCCGGUUGCACAAUCACCAGAACAGAGGGAAGACUGGUACCAUCACAAUGGGAAUACAACACUAUCCAAGAACGCAGUCCCUGAACGAAGAUGGCAACUACGUUUCCCUGCCAGCAGAGCUCUCUUCAUUCACGAGUUCCACGUUCGAACCGCGUCAGAACAUCGACGCAGUCGAUUCCGCCAAGAAACCCACCGUAGAUCAACAAAACAAACGUCCAAGACCUAACGAAACUUUCCAAGAGCUAGCUGUGAAUCGUCGAAAGAUAGGAAGCACCGACGUGUUCGGUCAGAACAUGGAGAAUCUCGUCCAGCUCGAGGAUCCGUCGUGCAAGCGAAAAUUCACGAAGAGCUUGGACGAGAUUCGCGAGGAAACGCCGAGAAGACACGCGAGAAGCGUGCUCGGCCUGGAGAAUUUGAUCACAGGUUUGGAUAGCAAUCUGCAGGAACAGCCACGAUGUCCUAGAGUCGCUCUGCGUAGGAACCAGAGCUUCGAUCACGCUAGAUGCCAAUCGUACCAUCGACCGAUACUCGACUCGAGGACGUACGAUUUGAAGAAGCAAGAGCAGAGGAAGGAGGUACAGAGCGAGGAGAGACGGGAGAACCAGGAGGAGGGAGACGGAUACGAGACAUCGGACGACGAGAGCUGCGAUCUGGAGAACGGCGACUUCGACACGAUGAGCUCUUGCAGAAGUCGCAGCAGAAGCUGCUGCUCGGUGACCACCGUGGCCAACGAUGAUUUCGAAUACUUUCAACGUAAGGGAACUAAGGUGGAGCUGCUGCCCUCGAAGAGAGCCGGCGAGGUAAAGGUCAGCAUGCGAUCUUUCACGCCGAGGAUCAUCGAGAACGCGACGGACGAGGAGAGGAGGAAGAAUCCGAUCGACACGAAGCCGAUCAUACAGUCGUAUCACUUGAAGAAAAAACGAAUUGGUCCAGGUUACUCGAUGAACGAUCUCGACAAGUUAACCUCAGAGCGGAAAUUGCCGGAUUUGUCGAUCGACAGCCUGAAGAGUAUAUUAAGGAGCACGGAUGUCAGUUACCUGGACAACGGGGACAUUUGCAGGCACGACAUUGGCGGGUCCGUGCCGGAUUUUAAGAAGAUUUUCAUCACCGAAUUCAUAUGA